CGUAUGCUGAAAUAGAUAACAUAUAUGCGUGUUCUUGUGUACAUUGAUUUUUACGUGUCUGUGAUAUUUAUAGUUACACAUAAUUGUGUUGAAUAUCAACCAUAUCAAUGUUCUAGUAUCAAUAUUUAAUGGUAACACACAAAGCAGUGGGACAAAGACGAUUAAGGUUAUUAUGUACAGGCCCUGUCUCAUAAAUGUGUGAUUACUUUGACAUCCGAAACUACAAUAUAUGCAACAUUCCAGAAACACGUGGAAUACGUUCAUAUCACAUACCUUUGGUCGAUAGUGACGCUGGUGUUUUGACAGUAUUAAUGCAUACGAGUAACUAAGGGUUAAUUAUGAAAUAGUACAUAGUAAAUACUGGAAUAACAUUAGCAACGAAAACUCCAUAAAAAUUGAUCAAGCUAUAUCAGAUGUCAAAUAUAUAGACAUAAAACACAAUGACGCAUAAUAUAAUUACACAAGAAGAGGACAACUACAUCAGGCUAGACCUACUCAUCACUGGGGUAUCGCAACGUGCAGCACGCUUAUUCUUUGAUAAAGAAUUUGAUCCAGUCUUUUUAAGUAAAUCUAUCAACAAAGAGAGAAACAAGUUGACUGAUCUGAAAGCAAAGCGGAUUAUAAACCAAAAACAGUGGAAUCUACUAUAUCCCCGAAAAGGCGACCCAGACUCCAAGACCUUUGACAUCAAUUUAAUAACAACGUUACUGAGAAACCUGACUGAUUUGCCUCCUCCAAAACGGGGAUAUGACCAACUGCCGUUUGAUGAAGAGGAUUCACCUGUAUCAGAUUUGGCCAGACUCAAACACUACAGAAAUGACUUAGCACACAUUACCGAUAAGAAAAUAGAAAACGACAAGUUUACUAAAGCAUGGACAGAUAUAAGUUGGGCUAUCAAGAGGUUAGGUACCGCAGAUAUGGCCAAAGAAUGUGAAAAUCUACGAGUCAAAGAUUUGAACCAGUCUGCAGUACCAUACCAAGGGUGUAGCAACAUUGAAGAGUGGCAUUUAACAGAAAACCCGAUCAACACAGAAACGAACCUAAAGAAACUAGAGGAUAGUAUGAGAACGAAAAAAUGUGUUAUUUUAAAAGGUUUGAUUGGAACUGGUAAAUCAGAGCUGGCACUUCGGUACUGUUACAAUGCAAAAAAACUAGACCCUACAGGUAUUGUGCAUAAGUUAAAGUGCACUGACGAGUCUAUGUUUGAAAGAUCUCUACGUGAACUGUGCAAAUAUUUUCAUGAUGUUGAGGUGCGUAAAGAAGAACAAUCCCAAACAGAUAUAGUAAUCGAUCUUAUAGCAAAAGAGCUAAGGAAAAGAGCUAACUAUCAUCAUAUAUUGCUUUUAGAUGACAUUAAUAAAAUAGCCAAACAUACAGUAAGCAAAUUUAUUAAAACAUGUAAAAGAGCAGAAAAUGUGAAAAUUAUUGCCACGACAUCAUUAUCAUUAGAUAUAGAUAAAGAAUGUGAAGUUUUAGAAAUUAAAGGGUUUUCUGAAGAUGAAGCAGUAGAGUUUCUUAGUUAUGGAGAGGAAUGUCAAGAAAAUGUUAGGAAACAUUAUAAAGAACUUGCUAAGAAGUUUAGCUACAACCCAAAAGGCCUACAAAUUGCACGAACGUACAUGGAACAAACUAAAUUACCCGUGAAAGAUCUAGUAAAACAAUUAAAUUGUCCUUCUGAUUUACUUCAGUUUGAAGAAAGCAUGGCUGUUAAGGAGCAAAUAACCGAUGAAACACUUUUUCAUUCAUUAGUCAGCUUAAUUGAUAAUAUGCAUGAGAAAUAUAAAAGAGAGGGCAAAGAACAUAUAUUUGAAAUGUUACUUUCUCUACAGUUUCUUGAAGUUGAAACCAUACCAGUAGUUCUUUUCGAAAAAUUCGAUUCCGAUGUCUCAUUGCUUUCUAUAAAUGAUUUGUUGUAUGAAAUAAGGAAUUCAUCAUUUGGGACUAUAUAUAUAGAAAAAAGAAAUUCUUCGGAAGAAGUUGCAGAGGAGCGACAAAUCAACACUCAUGAUGUUGUUAGGUUAGCUUUACAGAUAUACAUGACAGACAAGCAGGGUAUUAUUCAUACAUCAAAUGAAAAAAUUUUGAGAAAAUUAUUGAGAGCUCUCUUCAUGUUGAUGGAUAAGGACAACCAUAAUCCAUCUGAUCUUCAUCGUCACACUCUACUUUUACCACAUGCGUGCGCUGUUAUAAAACAUUUGAAAAAAAUGAAAAUUAGUGAGAAAGAUAAAGAGAAUUUAUCUCCGACGCAAGACUUGCUGUAUAAUCAAUUAGAAAAUGAUGUACACAUUGUAUAUGUAAAGGAUAUAAUUGGAUAUACAUUUAGCUUUAGUGAAAUGUAUUAUGAGGCCAGUUCAUAUUUCGAUGAGGCGAAAAGCGAUUUACUUGAACUUCUUAGAGUAAAUGAUAAAAAAUUUCAUAAUGAUUUGCUUCGUUUAACGAAGCUAACAUCUGAUCCGUAUGAACUGAAAACUUUGGUUGAAGAAAAAUCAAGAGAACUUUUUCACGCUACAGAGGAGUUUAUUCGUGAGCACACAUUAGCACUUCAGACAAUUAGUAAGGACUACGUGUUGGAUAAAUAUAGAAAUAGAGAUGACGUGGAAAUCCUUAAAGGUGUUUUAGGAAAUCAUAUUGAAUUAGAGAAAACAACUCAUCUGGUGGAAAGAGAGUUCAAUGAACUAUGUAUGAAAGGAUAUGCAGUUCCGGAAGAGAGAUUAGGAAAUGAAUUUAUGCUUAGCUUACUUGUUUCUGUUUGUCACACUUUUGGAAGAAGGUUAUUUUAUCAGCCAGAUGAUAUUGAUUGGUCAUUAGGUAAAAUAUUCUUCUCUUACUUGGCAAUUGCCCGAAAUCUUUCAUAUAUGACAAACUUGAAAGACAAUCAUCUGCCUAAUAAAGAAUCAACGAAACAAUGUGAAAAAAAUGAGAAUAUGCAGUUUAACCGCCUUUCUUCCUGCUUGACUGAGAGAAGCGAAAUGCAGUCCGUUUUGAAUUUUUUUGGUAGAAAGGAAAAUCCAGUUAAAGCGGUUAUUCUAAAAGAUAUCAUUAGUACUUGCAAAAAGAGAUUUAAUGAAAAAACUGACUAUGUAGAAUUUGGAGUAUUGAAGGUUUUAGGAGCCAAAAAUGACCAUGCCAAAUACUUGUCAGCAAAGAUGAUCAUUAAUUGCUAUAAAGUAUUAUUUCAAAUUGAACAGACAGAAGAAAUACGUUUAGAGGCCACACAAUGGGGUCAGAAUAUUACAAAGAUGAUAGCAAACAACCAAAGUAAUUUUCCUAGUCUUGAAUAUUCUAUCGGAGACCUUUAUUUUGCCAUCGGUGAUAUCCUGGAGGCCGAAAAAUGUUUUCGGGCAUUGCUUCCAAAGAUAGACGAUAACAACAAAGAUGACAUAAACAAUGUAAAGUUUUUUCCACGAAGAGCUUGUAUAAGCUACAUAAAGUGUCGCUUGGAAAGAUCAGAACGAGAGGAUGGAUCUUUCAAAGCAGAAACUGUAAGGCAAUUGGAAUGUUUCAAAACUUUAUUGCAAACAUAUAAAGCAGAGUUUAAUGAACUUGAAGAACUGGAACUCACAUUAAGAAAGGUUGAAGUCAGACCUGAUGGAUAACAAACGAUUAGAACACAACUGUUUUCUUUCUAAUCGUAUCUUUAAAUGAGUAUAAUAAAGUUAGCAAAACAAUGAAUGCCAUUUUGACAAUACAAGCAUAUUUUUUAAUUGGUAUGCGUAUUAAUGUACAAGAAUGGAAAUAAGUAGAUAAAUUCAUUCUACUCCGA